CUCCGUCCGCCGCCCCGCCCCUCCCCUCCCCUCCUCCCCCCGCCGGCCCGGAGGAAACCAGGCUGCUUGCUGCCUCCUCCGGCGAAGGCCCAGUUUUUGCCCCCGUCUCUCCGGAUCUCCUCGCCCGACCCGCUCGCCUCGAUUCGUUUCGUUUAUUCGAUUUUUGCUCCCCUGUCCUGUACAUAUCUGCUCGGUCGGCGCCCGGAUUUCUCGGCGGCGUGUCUGGAUCUGGCCUUGCGAGGCGCCUCGCGGUCCGAAUCCUUGCUCGAUUCGCCCAGGCCCCGCGGCGGCGGGUUUGGAUCUCGCGGGGGAUUCGUCGGGAGGCAGGCAGCGGUAAUCGGAGAUGGAUCACAUCGUCGGCGGCAAGUUCAAGCUCGGCAAGAAGAUCGGGAGCGGAUCCUUCGGGGAGCUCUUCCUCGCUGUGAAUGUGCAGACCGGAGAGGAGGUCGCCGUCAAACUGGAAAAUGUCAAGACCAAGCACCCGCAGCUCCAUUACGAGUCCAAGCUCUACAUGCUUCUCCAGGGAGGAACUGGCAUUCCGCACCUCAAGUGGUUCGGUGUGGAGGGGGAGUAUAAUGUGAUGGUGAUUGAUCUUCUCGGACCCAGCCUCGAGGACCUCUUCAACUACUGCAGUAGAAAGUUCUCGCUCAAGACCGUGCUCAUGCUCGCUGAUCAGAUGAUAAACCGAGUUGAGUACAUGCAUCAGAAGGGAUUUCUUCAUCGUGACAUAAAACCUGAUAAUUUCCUUAUGGGCCUCGGAAGGAAAGCCAAUCAGGUAUAUAUAAUAGAUUAUGGACUUGCAAAGAAAUUCAGAGACCUUCAGACUCAUAAGCACAUCCCCUACAGGGAGAACAAGAAUCUCACUGGAACUGCACGCUAUGCUAGUGUCAAUACCCACCUUGGCGUUGAGCAAAGCAGGAGAGAUGAUUUAGAAUCACUUGGUUAUGUACUUAUGUACUUCCUCAGAGGCAGUCUGCCAUGGCAGGGGCUGAAAGCGGGCACUAAGAAGCAGAAAUAUGACAAAAUUAGUGAGAAGAAGAUGCUUACUCCUGUGGAGGUACUCUGCAAGUCUUACCCUUCAGAAUUCAUUUCUUACUUCCACUACUGUCGAUCAUUGCGGUUUGAAGACAAGCCAGAUUAUUCUUACCUAAAGAGACUAUUCCGUGAUCUCUUCAUCCGGGAAGGGUACCAAUUCGAUUAUGUGUUUGACUGGACCAUUUUGAAAUAUCCCCAGAUAGGCUCCAAUCCAAGGAUGAGGCCAAGUGAAAGAGUCAGUGGAGCUGCUGGACCUUCUAUCGAGAAGAUAGAGAAGGCCCCAGGCGAAGCAUCUGCUAGAAGGAAUCCCAGUGCUUCUCUGAAUCAGAGUGACAACCACGCAACCAGACCACGGGAAACUGUAUCGAUGUCAUUAAAGGAGAUUAUGCAUAGCACAGACCGGUCCGGUGAAAGGACUGUGGAGAGGACCGUGGAGAGACCUCGUACAUCCUCCCGUACAGGCAGCGCAUCCAGGAGAGCAGUUGCAUCAAGCAGCAGGCCAGGCUCAUCCAUGGAACCGAGCGAGCAGCAGUACAGCCGGACGAGCAGGUUGUUCUCCAGCAGCAAUAACGGCGGCAGCCGCCCGUCCAGCACCCAGAGAGUCAAUCCUGGAGUGGGCGAGUCACGGGCCACGUCCCUCUCACGGGCGGCGGUCGCAAGAGGGUCGCGUGAUGAGCCCCUCCACCGCAGCCUCGAGCUCCUGUCCCUCGGCACCGGCAAGAGGAAAUAACAGGAAGGAGGGGGACAAGGGAACCCGAACCCGAGAACGAACGAUGAAAGAAGGAACGACGCCGUUUGCGACUCUGUAAAUGACAGGAUACCACCACCCUAUUCGUCAACAGCCCGCCUGGAGCAUCCCAUAAUUUCCAUGGUGCUCCAGCCUGUUGGUAGUAUCACCACCACCAUCAUUGUUUGAUAGAUAGCAAUAAUUUGCUGCUGCUGCUGCUGUUGGUUGUUGUUGUCGUCGUCGUCGGCGUGUGCGUGUUAGGGCCAAGUCCUAGCUUUGUGGUGAUUAAUUUAGAGGUGGUCAAGAUUCAACAUAUUUAUGUUUCUUUAUUACCUUCCCGCUGGGACUUGGCAAACUUUUUUCCGAGACUUUGUUGUAUUUUCUCUUCCUGUUUGUUGCAACCUCUGGAUCUGCCUGUUCAGCAACAGAAAGUUGAUGAAAGUAACUUCCAGUAUAAAAAUUUGCAAUUUCCUUGGUUA